AUGCAAGCUCAUUGUGAAACAUUGAGGAGGAAAGUUGAUGUGGUCAAUUUGGACCCUGCAGCGGAGUUCUUUGAAUAUACUCCACUAGCGGAUAUACGAGACCUUAUUCAUUUAGAUGAUGUAAUGGAAGAUGAGGCUAUACGUUUAGGUCCAAACGGUGGACUUAUUUUCUGCUUAGAAUAUCUUCAACAAAAUUUGAACUGGUUGGAUACUGCACUUGGUGAUAUAGAUGGAGACUAUUUAUUAUUUGAUUGUCCUGGUCAAAUUGAAUUAUACUCACACCUACCGAUUAUGCCACGAAUAAUUGAAUAUAUGCAAAGAAAAUGGGAUUUUCGUUUUGUUACAAUAUUUAUUUUGGAUGCUAGAUUUCUCGUAGAUUCAUCACAUUUUCUAGCUGGUGUAUUGUCUGCUCUCUCUGCUAUGGUAUCCUUAUCAACUGCUCAUAUAAACGUAAUGUCUAAACUUGAUUUGUUAUCUGAACAAAAACAAAAAUAUGUCAUGGCUCGUUAUCUAAAUCCUGAUAUGGAUUACUUUUUUGAUCUGGAUCAAGUAUUUGAUGAAGAAGACGGUGGGGAACAUCACGAAAAGGAAGCCCCAUUUAAUAAACUUACUCAUGCACUAGCUGAUUUGAUUGAGCGUUACAGUGUAGUUCAUUUUGUCCCAUUAAACAGAGAUAAAGAAGAUACUAUAACAGACUUACUAGUUCAAAUUGAUCAAUGUUUACAGUAUGAUGAAGAAGUUGAUCCUUCAAAUCGAGCGUUUGACGAUGCUGAACAAGAGUUAAUUAUUGAAAUAAAUUAUGAAGUAUUCCUAAUCCUGACUGGUUCCCUUUCAUUAUGGUUACUUGAAAUAUUAUGCAAAUCAGUCAACUCAGGUUCUCAUACACAUUUGUUUUUGGAAACUCUUACCCAUGGAUUAACUGGUUCAAUGUUUUGGCUAUGUUGUUUGAUUAGUAUAAAUGGUAAACUAGAUUUAUAUACCACAGGUUACCGAAAAAAUAUAAUUAUGACUCUUGAGUCAUGUUUUUGGGCAGCAUUCGGUGCAAUACUACCGGAUAUUGAUCAUUUUAUAGCUUCAGGAAGUACAAGCAUUGAACUUGCACGUCAACUUCCUGGUAGACCAUUUUUACAUUGGGCUGGUUUAUAUCUACUUAUUUAUACUCUUUUAGUUAUUGGUUUAUUUUUCAUAUCUUAUCCUAUAUGUUUAAAAUUCAAUAGAUUUUUCACUAUAUUUUGGUGUUUCAUAUUUAUUCCAUUUAUAAGUCAUAUUAUACGUGAUGCAAAUAAACGUGGUUUAUGGUUAUGGCCUCCACCAGAUUUUUAUACAUUAAUGAAUCUAUCAAAUUUUACAUAUAAUAUAAUAUCUCCUAGUAAUCCGGGAAUGGUUCAUUUAAUCAGAAUACUUUUAUUGUAUUUAGUUGUUUUAAUGUUUAUCAUUUUAGUAUUCCGUCAAUAUGCCUAUUCUUUUCAUUGGGAUAUAUCCAAUUUUGCACCAAUAACAUCUUAUUUUAUUGGUAAAAGUAAUGAAUUUUAUAUAGACCAUACAUUUGUUCACUCACUCUAUUGGUUGAAUUCAAGGAGUUUGCCAUAUUGCUUAACGAAUCAAGCAUUAUCUUGUUUAAUCAUUAGUAUUCGUUCAAAUGAUGGGAGCUCUCAAAGAUGGAUUGCACGUCAACGUUCAGAUCCUUACGUAAAACGUGCUCAUCUUGAAAGUUAUAGAUGUCGUAGCGCAUUCAAAUUAUUACAAUUAAAUGAUAAAAUUUCCGGUGGAAUUUUUAAACCUGGUGAUAUUGUUGUUGAUUGUGGUGCUGCACCAGGAUCAUGGUGUCAAGUAGCUUCAUCUUUAACCAAUUGUAAUAAUAAUUUCAAAGCUUCAAAUAAUCAAAAUAAAGGUUUAGUAAUUGGUCUUGAUUUGUUAAACUUCGCACCAUUACCUGGUGUUAUUACAUAUUGUGGUGUUGAUUUAAAUAAUUGGUCUGAAUGUAUAAAUUUAAUUAAUCAAUCAAUUUCCAAUCAUUUUAACAAUAAUGAUAAUGGCCGUAAACCGUUACAAUCCGAGAGACAGAAAUCACUGCCGGGUGUUGAUAUUGUCCUCAGUGACAUAGCUCCAAAUGUGUCAGGAAUGCGUGAAAUCGAUAUACCAGCUAUGAUGACAUUAGCGUAUAAUAUUUUACGAGUAGCAAUCAGUGUUUCAAAAGAAGGGGCCAGUUUCGUGAUUAAAUUAUUUGAAAGUGCGGAAGCUGAAGAAUUUAAACAAACAGUUUCACAGUUUUAUACAUUAAACUCAAAGUGUUCUUCAUUUACGCGUUUUAUUAAACCGGAAGCUAGUCGAAAAGAGUCAUCAGAAAUCUAUUUAGUUGCUAGAGGUUUUCAACUUCCUCAAAGUAAACAGGACAGUUAAAUCCUACUUUCCAUCGUAUAUACAUAUUUACCAUUUUAGCAUUGUACAUUUGAAAUACAGUAAAUAAUUGCUUUUAUCUCAU